AUGGGUGUGACUCCAAGAACCUUCAACGAGUACUGCAGCUCAUGCCGAGAAUUCCUCCUGCGACAACCCAAAGCCCGACCCAGAAUCAGAAUAGCAGAUGAACACGUCUUCCCGUACGCGCAUCACACUUCGCUCGCGGAACUGCGAAACUGUGCAAGCGAGCCACUCCAGCCAUGUCGAAUCUGCGGGCUCAUCCUCCACGAAAUGGGCGACCCUGCCUCCCAAAGCGGCAACGACCCGAGAUCUGUACAUAUCAAGCUCGAAGAGUCGUCAGCAUAUCGAGCGGAUGGCGCUGAAGAUGGCCACCGGGAGUUGCUUAUGCACGUUGGCUUGAAGCGGCUAGAACACCAUCUCGUGGACACAGUGGUGAUCCUAUCUCUGCUUACUUUCAAUGCUGAUUACGCCCUUCUCGAGAAUCUCGGGCCCUCAACCUCAUCACCGGAGAGCUUCUCCCUCGCAAAAACCUGGCUCCAGAGAUGCUUGCAGGGCCAUGAUACUUGUCGCAGGUCGACGUCGGUAGUCAAAGGCCUACUCCCAACGAGGCUUAUCGAGGUGUCUGAUCCGCGGAAAGCGCGCCUUUGUAUUUCCUCCUCCCUAGACCAAACGCCUCUAUACCUAACUCUCAGCCAUUCCUGGGGGAAAAAACCAUUCACCACACUGACGACUGCAAACCUGGACCAAAUGCAAACCAGCAUCCCUUUCGAAACCCUUCCCCAGAACUUCCAAGACGCCAUCCUCAUCACUUUCGAGCUGGGCUACCGCUACAUCUGGAUCGACAGCCUCUGCAUCCUGCAAGAUUCCGCCACCGACUGGGCCACCGAAGCCUCGCUAAUGGCACAGGUCUACCAAAACUCCACCCUAACCAUCUCCGCCUCAGCCGCCUCGCAUGCCUUCGACGGCUGCUUCAGAGACCGCACACGCCGCCACAUCUCACUCCCUUCCAGCCCCUUCCCCCAACUCCCCACCCGCCGCCUCGUCAUCGCAAACGCCAACCCUAACAGCCAGCGCUUCGUCGCGCGCGAAAGCCCCCUCCGCCGCCGCGGCUGGGUCCUGCAAGAGGAAAUUCUCUCGCCGAGGCUGCUGCACUUCACCCACGACGGGCUCUUCUGGGAGUGCGAGACGCACUCGGCCACCGAACUCGCCCCUGCCGGCCUCGACCCCAUCCCCUUGCUGGACAAGCGCUCUGUCUCGCACGCGUUUUCCGCCUCCCUUGGAUUCGGCGAUGCGGGCGCGCCGACGCCGUGGAGCGCCGCGCACCCGUGGCACCUCACGUGGGCGAACAUCGUGCGCGACUUCAGCGAGCGCAGCCUUACGUACGCCGCCGACAAGCUGGUCGCGCUGUCUGGUGUCGCGCGCGUCGUACAGACGCAUCUAGGCGGCGACGAGUAUCUCGCUGGGCUGUGGCGCGGCGACCUCCUCGUGGGACUGUGCUGGUCGGCUGCUCAGACGCCGCAAGAGCACCAUGCGAGGCCGGAGGCAUACCGCGCGCCGUCGUGGUCGUGGGCGGCGGUGGAUGGCGCAGUGACGAUGCGAAGGUUCCAUCUCGCGCCGCGGGAUGUGAUCACGCCCUUUGCGGACCUUGUAGACGCCGGGGUGGAGUUGGCAGCGGACGAUGCGGCGUUGGGACAGGUUACCGGUGGGUUCGUGAAGCUCGACGGUGUCGUCCUGUCCGCAUCCGUCGUGAACGGCAACGUCCAGCUCGAUGAUGCGGAGCCGGACUGGCUCCGUUUCCGGUGGACGCGCUGCGGCCAGAGUUUGUGCCUGGAUGUGCCGCGGGUAGAGCGCGAUGGUGUGAGCCUCGCUGCGGUGUUCUUGGUGCCGGUGGUUGCGAGGGUGAAUAGGGAGAGGACUGGGGUGGUGUUUACCACGGAGAUUUGCUUGCUGAUGCUUGAAGAGGUGAAUCUUGGCGUUAGUGAUAGGAGAGCUGAACGAACGUUUCGGCGGGUGGGGAUGGUUAGUGUGUUUGAUCUUGGACUGCCGCCUGACCCGUUUUGGCUUGAAUUAUUCCCUAGGAAGGAGAUAGUGCUUGUUUGAGGCGAGAAAUAUCGAUUGACGAGAGGAGUGGAUUGAUAAUAUGAGUUGGCGAUGCUCCCGUUGUAGAUAUCUGGCCCAUAUUCCUAACAGUCCUCCGAAUAAGC